GAGCGUUUCACCCUAUCCGGUGACGGUGCUCGUUUGUAAUUCCUGCGCUCUUUUACUAGAGUGCUCGCAGUCGCAGUUGUCUUCCCUGGUGCUCUGUCGCCGUUCGCUGUCGUCGUGCGCAACGAACGGUGGUUGACUUUUAUCGUGACAGCGAACGAACCAGACGGAAUAUAGUUUAGCCGAGCCGGAGAGCUCAUCUGACGCGACAGUCCCAACCGCUCUGAAUUCGGGUGUGUAUAGGCUCUAGGAAUGCGGGAUAGAAGUCAACGUAAAAACACCUGCGUUUCCCUGACAACAUGCCAACAACAGAUCUGAAUCUGACAUCCCUCCUGAAUGUGUCUGAUCUCCACUUGGCAACACAGGGGGGAUGUUCCCUGACCGGGACAGGCUUCCAGUUCUACUACCUACCAACGGUGUACAUCCUGGUGUUCAUCACCGGCCUAGUGGGGAACAGUCUGUCCAUCUGGAUGUUUGUCUGCCACAUGAGACCCUGGAGCAGCAUCUCUGUGUACAUGUUCAACCUGGCUCUGGCCGACUUCUGCUACGUCCUCUCCUUGCCCUUCCUCAUCUUCUACUACUUUAAUAAGACAGACUGGAUAUUCGGGGACGUUCUCUGCCGACUGCAGAGGUUUAUAUUCCAUGUCAAUCUGUACGGCAGCAUCCUGUUUCUGACCUGUAUCAGUGUCCACAGGUACACAGGAGUCGUCCACCCGCUCAAGUCUCUGGGAAGACUCAAGAAGAAGAACGCCGUGCUGACCAGCGCCCUGGUCUGGGUCGUGGUCAUAGCGGGGAUCUCUCCCAUCCUCUACUACUCUCGGACGGGGGAGAAACGGAACGCCACCACGUGUUACGACACGACCACGGAGGAUGAGCUGCCUGGUUACUUUAUCUAUAGCAUGUGUUUGACCGUGUUCGGCUUCUGCAUCCCCUUCAUCAUAAUCCUGGGUUGCUAUGGGAUGAUCGUCAAGGCGCUGAUCUGUAAUGACAUGAACAACGCGCCGUUACGGCGUAAGUCCAUCCACCUGGUGAUUAUCGUGCUGGCCGUGUUCGCUGUGUCCUACCUGCCCUUUCACGUGAUGAAGAACCUGAACAUGCGAGCCAGGCUGUACUUCCAGGUCCCGGACAUGUGUGACUUUAAUAACCGGGUGUACGCCACCUACCAGGUGACGCGGGGGCUGGCCAGCCUCAACAGCUGUGUGGACCCGGUCCUCUACUUCCUGGCUGGUGACACGUUCAGGAGGAAGUUGUCAAGAGCUACUAAAAAACAAUCCAAGAAGGGGGAGGGGCUCUCACUGCAGUCCAAGAGUGAAGACACGGCGCUCAACAGCCUGCCAGAGUAUGUCAAGAAGAGGGACGGACAGUUCUGAGAGAGAUCUGGUUCCGGGUCUUGGUCUCUGGUCCGGGUGGUCAGUCUGAACCUCUUACAGGGGUUUUGUGUGAAAACGUACUGUGUAUUGGUGCUGUGGACCUCGCAGACUGUGUGCACUGCGGAUAGAACAGUCUGGGCGGGAAUGUGACAAAGCUGUUGAUAUAUAGUUUGUGUCUCUGUAAUGCUUGUCACUAGCUAGGUGUUUUCUAAAUGUGAACAAAGUGCUCAUCCAUCCAUAACCAAACGGAAGGAGAGAUCUCCUGGUUAGGUUGAUCUCCUGUAAACAACAGCCUCUUGUUCCUCUAUUGAACCAAUGCUAAUGUGUUUAUAAUGGAGAGAGAACUCUGCUAGCCACCCAGUGGAUGCUUCAUAAUCACUACCUAUUAGCAGGUAGAGAUUGGUGGCUGAGGCUAGGUGAGACACCAGGGAUGACUGAGAUCUAUUACCUAGAGCCUGGGCCUUAUGACUGCUCUGUGGAGGUUGACAUACAGAGAUUAUAAUGCACUAUGAAUGCUCUGAGUGGCUUUUUCUCAGACUGCUACGAAUUAAAUCAACCCCCCAACUGAAUCAAGUACAGUCAGUGUAUCACUAUGGCGUGCCCUGUGUGUCUAUCGUCUAUCUAUUCUACAUAAUAUGAAGGGACUAUACUAGUCUCAUGUGAAUAUGACACUAUACAGUAAUAUACUGUAAAUACAGUAAUAUACUGUUAUAUACAGUCAUGUACUGAAUGUGUGUUGUAGUUGUAGUGUACAGGUUAUGUUGUUAUUGUUAUUGUUUUUGUUAUUGCAUGAGUCCAGUGUAAUUAUCGGGACGCAAUUUAUCAAUGAAAAAUCACGGCAUCCGUUUUCUAUGAAGUGUUAAACUGUUAAUAUGCCUGCAGAGAAGAAUGAUUUGAAUGAGUCGAACGUUACUUGAUGUGUAAAGCAGCCAUAUUGAGUAUUUUUGGGGGGGAUUGUUUAAACCCAAUGAAAUGUUUUUUCACCUCUCAGUGUUCUGUACACAUAACAAUCAAAACUUCAAUCUCUUUAGCCACCUUUUAGUAGGUGGGGGAAAAAAUCAACUUAAAACCUGGAACUAUGUAUGUUGUGCUAAGUAUCUGAUUAUCAUCUUCCUAGUGGAGCCAUUUUCUGACCCUUCCUGAACUGGGCAGCAACUAAUAGCAUUAAAUGCACAAGUUACCCCCGUUCAUAUUAUUGAGAGAUAUGUAGACCUGAUGAGGAACUGGAUGAUAUGAUCAUAUCUGCCUUUUAUAGAAAUCUGUGGGACUGCACAUUCGCUGCUCAGGUCAGGGGUCAUGUUGGACACACAGUUGCUCUGAAGUUGUACAGCAUUUGGGGGUCAGUUGUGAAUGU